GACAGAUGGGGAGACUCGCCCUCGGUUUCAUGUAGUUUAAGUGCUCUGGUACCUUGUUUUCAAAUCGAAAGGGAUCUUAACUGAUAAAACCUUAUAGUGUGAAAAUAGUGUACAAUAGUGAUCGGUUUCUAGUUAUCGACGUUAACAAAGUUUUAAUUGUUUUCAGAUUAGGUUAAUUAUUGUUUGGCAGCGGAGUGGAGUGUUUGGUAAGGUCUGGUGUCCAAAUCGCAGCUGCUCACCAUGACGGCGGUAAGCUUUGGCAACAGGAGAUAUACCCGUCUCUGGCCGAUCCUCAUACUCCUCACUGUUGCCCUGCUGCUACUUGGGAGGAACCUGCAGCAGGCUCACCAGCUUACACAGAAAAGCCAGGGAAUAUCGCAGCGGAAUUGGUCGCUGUCGUCUGGAGUUUCCGCAGAUGACUACCUUGAUUGUGCCGAACCAGUAAGGAUACCCCCUCGACAGGACUCCCCUCGAACACGGGACUUGCAGCGGCUGGUAAACUGUCGGAAUCGUCCGCUUCGCUUCCAGAGACUCCAGCACGGCGAGUUCUGGCUGCUUCAGAACUUGGUCAUCGGACGAAAGAGCCGUCAGGUUGGCUGCACAGAGUCCAUUACCUAUACAACGAACGGAGAUUAUACGUUUUUCGAUAACCUGGAGACGGUAGUUGAACGCUGGGGCGGUCCCGUCAGCUUUGCCAUUCAUGCACCUGGCUACGAUCUGAAUGCCACCUUGGAUGCCAUUCAGUAUGCCCGAAACUGUUUACAGGGCAGUGAAGCCAUCAGUGAUUGGGUAAGCUUCCAUGUGUACUUCCCUAACCAGCACAUGCCGGAGAAUGUGCCUUACGACGAGGAUGAGGUACUGGCCCGGCCUUACGUCUGUACUCUGGCCGACGGCUCUCUGAUUCCGCCUCCGUACACACUCAUCGAUCGCAGCGACAGCUACAAGGUGAAGGCGAACCUCACCUAUCCGAUCAACGUGGGCAGGAAUAUUGCCAGGCAGGCGGCCAAUACCCACUUCAUCUUCGCCUGCGACAUCGAGUUGUAUCCCAGCCUUGGGUUUGUGGACCAAUUCCUGGACAUGGUGACUCAGAAUCAUAGUGUCUUGGCCCUGGAUCCCAGCCAGCCGCGACGUGUUUAUCCCCUCGCAGUCUUUGAGAUUGAAGCGGGUGCUCAAAUCCCCGGUAACAAGUCCGAGUUGCUGGCUCUCUAUAGAAAGCAACAGGCACAGAUCUUCCACUUGAGGCUUUGUCCCACGUGCCACAAGAUCCCCGGCCAGCAAGAGUGGCUUAAUCGGGCUCCCAGCGUCAAGGAUCGUCUGCAGUUAUUUAGCGUGGGGCAUCGGGAGAAGCAGUUCAAAUUUUGGGAGCCCUUCUACGUAAGCGACAACACGGAACCGCUGUUUGAUGAGCGAGUCACCUGGGAGGGGCAGUCAAACAAGCGGAUUCAGAACUAUGCCAUGUGUUUGUUGGGCUACGAAUACCACACCUUGCAUCCCGCUUUUCUCGUGCACAGUCCCGGCAUCAAGAAACUAACCAAGGCCUCGGCAGCUCGCCUGAAAUAUGCCAAGGAAAUGACCAAGUUCAUCAAGGCCAAGAUCGAGCCCGAGUACCGAGUGUUGUAUGGACAGAACGCAGCCUGCAGGACGUGACAAUAGGAAUACGAUUUUUUUUUUGCUUCUAACAAGUGAUAUUUGAAGUAUUAAAAACUUUUAGGUAGCUCGAUGAUUGUUAAAAAAUUUAA